AACAGCGGCUGGAGAGGAGGAGGAGGAGGAGGAGGAGGAGGAAUGGUGGUGAGCUGAGAAGAAACAUGGCGAACGUAGUUCUGGAGUUUAAGGCUUCUGCUGGAGACUCGGAGCCCCAAACCCGCCCGGUGCUCGUCGUUGGGCAGCUCUCUAACCUGCAGCAGAUCAGCUGGACUCAGGUUAAAGGGAAACUGCAGCCAGCGGUCAGCAAGGAGAUAUGGCAGUCCGCUCUGGCCGCUUUAAACCCGAACCCGACCGACAGCUGCCCGUUGUAUCUAAGCUAUGCCACGGUGGCAGCACUGCCCUCUCGGGUCAGCCGCCACAACAGCCCCUCCUCGGCCCACUUCCUCACCCGCCUGGUCCGCACCUGCCUGCCUGCGGGCAAUAACCGCUGCAUUCUGAUGGUGUGUGAGCAGUCAGAUGUGUUUGCGUCAGCAUGUGCCAUCGCCCGAGCUUUCCCACUCUUCACUCGCCGCACCACCUCCUCACGCAGGACAGAAAAAAAACAUGUCACUGUGGAGUUUAUCACUGUCGGUCAGGAGAAUGGUCCUCUGGUGCUUUCCACUGUGCAGUGCCUUUCCAAUGCAGCAGAUGGGGUUCGUCUGGCAGCACGAAUUGUGGACAGUCCCUGCAGUGAGAUGAAUACUGACCAUUUCCUGGAGGAAAUUAAAGCAGUAGGAAAUGACCUGGGAAUCACUCCAACUAUAAUUCGAGGAGAGGAACUAAAACAGAAAGGCUUUGGAGGUAUCUAUGGUGUAGGUAAAGCAGCUGAGCACCCUCCUGCUCUCGCUGUACUCAGCCACAGCCCCUCUGGUGCCACUCAGACCAUUGCCUGGGUUGGCAAAGGUAUCGUCUAUGACACAGGUGGCCUCAGCAUCAAAGGCAAGACCACAAUGCCUGGCAUGAAGAGAGACUGUGGAGGAGCUGCUGCCAUUCUGGGAGCGUUUAAAGCUGCUGUUAAACAGGGGUUUAAAGAUAACCUUCAUGCUGUGUUCUGCCUGGCUGAAAAUGCAGUAGGACCUGCGGCCACACGGCCUGAUGACAUUCACACCCUGUACUCCGGAAAGACUGUGGAAAUCAACAACACUGAUGCUGAAGGGAGACUGGUGCUGUCUGAUGGGGUUGUGUAUGCCAAUAAGGAUCUCUCUGCAGAUAUUAUACUGGAUAUGGCAACGCUAACUGGAGCCCAGGGUAUCUCCACAGGAAAGUACCACGCAGCCGUGAUGACUAACAGUGAGGAGUGGGAAGUGGCGUGUGUGAGAGCGGGACGCAGCAGUGGUGAUCUGACCCAUCCUCUGGUCUACUGCCCUGAACUGCACUUCAGCGAGUUCACCUCUGCCGUUGCGGACAUGAAGAACUCUGUAGCGGACCGUGAGAAUGCUCAAAGCUCCUGUGCUGGCCUGUUCAUCGGUUCUCAUCUGGGCUUCGACUGGCCUGGUGUUUGGGUGCAUGUGGACAUCGCCUCACCUGUUCAUGCGGGUGAACGUGCUACAGGGUUUGGAGUGGCUCUGCUGUUGGCAUUAUUCGGUCAGGCAUCUGAAGACCCUCUGCUCAACAUGGUCUCUCCACUGGGCUUCACUGCUGCUGACCCUUCCUCCGACCAGAUGGAGAGAGACAGCAAACGAAGAAGAUUAAUCUAACAAUUCACUCAGCUUACUGUUCUGAUUCCAGUGCAGAGAAAUUCACAUUUACUUUACCACAUUGCCCCACUUCCACCAAUGUAAACACACACACACACACACUCCCCUAUGAGGCGCUGAGCUACUGUCAGAUGACCCUGGAGACUCUCUGGGGUUCCUGGUGUACCUUUUCUCUUAAAGUAUGUGUGUGAGAGAGUGAAAAUGAUUAUGAUAGUAAUGAUAUUGAUGAUGGUGGCUGUGAUGAAACUGGACCUUUCCAUUAAAGAUUUAAGAAUCA